AUCAAGAUGGACUAUAUGAGAACUUGUGGUGUUUUGGCACUAGCGUUAUGGAUCAUCACAGGGGUAGAUUCUAGGGUUUUCAAAGGACGAGGAAUCGACAAAUAUGUUACUUUCGGUCAGAAUUAUUUUGUUACGUGGGGGCAAAGUCAUGUUUCCACACUCCACUCUGGCCAAGAAGUUGAUCUCUACAUGGAUCAAUCUUCAGGUGGUGGGUUUGAAUCCAAGAACAGCUACGGAUCAGGUCUAUUCCAAAUAAGAAUCAAAGUUCCCGGAGGAAAUACUGGCGGCAUCGUCACGGCCUUUUAUUUGACUUCGAAAGGAGGUGGUCACGACGAGAUUGACUUCGAAUUUCUAGGGAACAACUACGGGAAACCGGUAACGUUACAGACAAAUCUGUUUCUGAAUGGAGAAGGAAACAGAGAAGAGAGGUUUGUGCUUUGGUUCAACCCAACCAAACAUUACCACACAUACGGGAUUCUUUGGAACCCUUACCAAAUUGUGUUUUACGUGGACAACAUCCCAAUAAGAGUGUACAAAAACGAAAACGGCGUAAGCUAUCCAACAAAGCCUAUGCAAGUCGAGGCUAGUCUCUGGAACGGUGAUGAUUGGGCGACUGAUGGAGGUCGGACUAAGGUUAACUGGUCUUACUCUCCUUUCAUUGCCCAUUUCCAAGACUUCUCUCUAUCCGGCUGCAACAUAGAUGGUCGGAGUAAUAAUGUCAGCGCUUGUGCAUCCUCCAACUACUGGUGGAAUGCAGGCAAUUAUCAAAGAUUAAACGGACACGAACAGAGUAUGUAUGAGCAUUUCAGGAACAAGUACAUGAACUAUGACUAUUGUACUGAUCGCUCUAAGUACCAAACUCCUCCUAGAGAAUGUUAUUGAUGAAGUAACAUAACGUAUACAGGGGAUUUUUAAAAUCUCCUUUCUAUAAGUUACAAAAACUUAUUACGAGAGGUAUUAAUCAAGGAGAGUGUUAAGUUAUAGUAAUAUAAGGACUACAUAUCACAGCUGAGAAGUUGAUCGUAUUUGUGUAUGCUCAAAAUAGUAGUAUGUGUUAAAUACAAUUAAAUGAUUAAUUCAACCCAACGUAUGUGUUAAAUGCCUUGACCGGCCGGUACGUUCCGGUUUGCAUAAUCAAAUUUGGUUUUGAAAAAGUUAUCAAGCAAUUGAAUUGGAUAACUAUCAGAUAGAAUCAAA